ACAACCACGCCCCGGAAGUGACGCGCCUCACGUACGUCACCGCUCAGACCAAACGCGGAAGUGGAAAAUGGAGAAACAGGCGGAGGGGACAGGUCCCAAUGCCCUCGCUAGGUUGCCUCCUGUGUAAUGGGCCAUCACAAUGCACCGGUUCUUCUUUCCACACAUAUUCCUUUGUCUUGUCACCUGGCCCCUCUUCCUCUCACUUCCCACACGCACAGCCAGCGAUGAGGCCUCAAGUCUGGGGGAAGAGCUGACCUGGGCUGUCCGUCUGGACCCCUCUCAAGGCUCUGGACGGAGAGAGGAGUUGGACGCUCUGGCAGAAGAACUUUCUCGUGCUGUAGGGCUGGAGAAUCGGGGUGUUAUCGGGGAGUUAAAGGAUCACUACCUAUUUGCACAUGUGGGAUGUGGUGAGACAAAGGAGAAUGCUCGGAAGAAGGUCCAUGAGAUAUUUACACAGCAUGACAGCGUGCGGUGGUUCUCCGAACAAAAGCUACUGAAGAGGUCCAAGAGAAGCUUGUACUUUAAUGACCCCAAGUAUCCUCAGCAAUGGCAUUUGCACAAUUCCCGUAGCCCUGGAAUGGAUAUUAAUGUUACUGGCGUAUGGGAGAGAAAUGUGACUGGCCGGGGAGUGACGGUGGUGGUCGUGGAUGAUGGCGUCCAGCACACUAUCCAGGACAUUCAAUCUAAUUAUAGCCCAGAAGGAAGCUACGACCUUAACUCCAAUGAUCCAGACCCCAUGCCCCAUCCUGAUGGAUUUAGUGACAACCACCAUGGAACCCGUUGUGCCGGGGAGAUCGCAGCUGUCUCCAAUAAUAGUUUCUGCGCCGUGGGUGUCGCCUAUGGAAGCAGGAUUGCAGGGAUCAGAGUUCUUGACGGGCCUCUCACAGACAGCAUGGAGGCUAUUGCCUUCAACAAACACUAUCAGAUCAACGAUAUCUACAGCUGCAGUUGGGGUCCUGAUGAUGAUGGGAAAACUGUGGAUGGACCUCAUCAGCUGGGAAAGGCCGCUCUUCAGCAUGGAGUGAUUGCUGGACGGAAAGGAUUUGGGAGUAUUUUUGUGGUUGCCAGUGGGAAUGGAGGACAGUACAAUGAUAACUGUAACUACGAUGGAUAUGCCAACUCCAUCUACACCGUCACCAUAGGUGCUGUGAAUGAAGCUGGUAAAAUGCCUUUCUAUGCGGAGGAAUGCGCCUCGAUGCUGGCAGUCACCUUCAGCAGCGGAGACAAACAGAUGAGAAGUAUCGUGACAUCAGAUUGGGAUCUGCAAAAGGGAACUGGAUGUACAGAAGGCCAUACUGGAACUUCUGCUGCCGCUCCUAUAGCCGCUGGGAUGAUUGCUCUGAUGCUGCAGGUCCGGCCGUGUCUGAUGUGGAGGGACGUUCAGCACAUCAUUGUGUUCACAGCUACAAAAUAUGAAGACCAUCAAGCUGCCUGGGAGGCCAACGGAGCAGGAUUUAGUCACAGCCAUCAGCAUGGAUUUGGCCUGUUAAAUGCCUGGCGUCUUACAAACGCUGCCAAGGUGUGGGAGUCGGUUCCCUAUUUAGCUUCCUAUGUCAGCCCACUGCUGAAAGAGAACAAGAAUAUUCCUUUGGUUCCCAAUGUGCUGGAAUUAAGCUGGAAUGUGACUGUCGCUGAUCUCCUGCUGUCGGGCAUGAGGACCUUAGAGCAUGUAGCUGUGACCGUGACCAUCACGCACCCACGGAGGGGAAAUCUGCAGGUCCAGCUGUUUUGUCCAAGUGGAAUAUCAUCCCUCAUUGGAGCCACAAGGAAAAUGGACGCUGACCCGAGUGGCUUUACCGAUUGGACGUUCUCCACAGUCCGCUGCUGGGGUGAGAAUGCAGAGGGAACUUACAGGCUUCUGGUCACGGAUGUAGGAGAUGAAGCUCUUAAAAGAGGAGUUUUCCAGACAUGGCAGCUAACGCUUUAUGGUUCCUCAUGGACAACUGAGGAUGUGGCUGAAAGAAGAAGGUUGGUAGAACUGGCACAGGAUGGUCAGUUUCUGAAUGAUAAUUUCUCACUACCUUGUCCGCCGGGACUGGAGAUUUCUGAACAGGACAGCUAUACAAUCACCAAUAACACCCUGCGGACCCUCAUGCUGCUCGGCUGUUUUGCUGUGUUCUGGUCCCUGUAUUACACGGUGGAGCUCUACCUUUCCAGAAUUUCCACUGGCGGCCAUCUGGACUUGAGCUGUGAAGGUUCCUCCUGCAUCCUGUCCCGACACCAGGGAAGUCCCAGCCCCCGCCAAUUAGAAGGGGGCACGGAGACAGAAUCGUUGCCUCUCUGCAGCUUCAAUGACACUGCUGCAGAAUUCACUGCUGUAGGAUUUGACGAUGAAGAAGACCACGUGGAGCACAUUGCACUGUACAGGCAUCAGUCCUCCAAACAAUUCAGAGUGAAAGACGAGAAUGUGACGGAAGCCCAGCACAAAGUGACCUCAGACUUUCAGGUGCACAGGGACACAGUGAGACAUGACACUUGUGACACAAACUUAAAUGAGUAUGGAUAAGGGCCGUCUACUGAAUGGAUGUCCUGGUUCUGAUCCAAGAAAGCACUUCAGAGUAUUUAAUUUAAGAUCAUCUGCCUUAUCCAUUGCUUUAUCAUUAUCAUGUAUGGAUGACUGGUACGUGCGUUCAUUAUGUGACGGAGCGGUGUAAUACCAGGUUCAGUCUCAUGAUGGAUGAUGUGUUGACUGCUGCCACCAGCGCCGAGCUUUCAGGAAGUUUACUGAAAAUCCUGCAGGUCCCAUGGUGACCAACAGGCUGUCCAUUCUCUAGAAUAGUCUUAAAGGGAUAUUCACAUCCUAAACGUGUAUGGCAUGUCAACAGGAUAUGUCAUAAAUGCCUGACCAAGGAUUCCCCUCUCUGGGCCCUUCACCUAUUGGGAAUCGGGGUUCCCCUAAAUUUUAUCCAUCUAGGACUACCUUCCCACUUGCGUUUUUGCCUGAUCUGGCAGGGAUCAGCAAAAGCCCUUCCGUUAUUGAUAAUAUAACGUCUGCAUCCGUUAUGAAUGGAUCCUGUUGUAUUAUCUCUAACAUAGCGAGGACGGAUCCGUCAUGAACACCAGUGAAAGUCAAUGGGGAACGGAACGGAUCAGUUUUCUAUUGUG